AUGGCUACAUACGAAGAAUUUAUUCAGCAAAAUGAAGAUAGAGAUGGUAUAAGAUUUACGUGGAAUGUUUGGCCUUCUAGUAGAGUUGAAGCAACAAAAUUAGUGGUGCCUCUUGGUUGUUUGUAUCAACCUCUCAAAGAACGGCCAGAUUUACCUCCUAUUCAAUAUGAUCCAGUAUUAUGUACACGAAAUACAUGCAGAGCAAUUUUAAAUCCUCUUUGUCAAGUCGAUUUUCAUGCAAAACUAUGGGUUUGCAAUUUUUGCUUCCAAAGAAAUCCAUUUCCACCUCAAUAUGCAGCAAUAUCAGAACAAAAUCAACCGGCCGAGUUGAUUCCGAUGUGUUCUACAAUUGAAUAUACUUUACUUAGAGCACAGUGUUUGCCCCCCAUUUUUCUUCUUGUAGUCGAUACAUGUGUAGAUGAUGAAGAACUGGGAGCUCUUAAAGAUUCACUUCAAAUGUCACUUAGUUUAUUACCUUCUAAUGCAUUAAUAGGUCUUAUUACAUUUGGAAGAAUGGUUCAGGUUCAUGAAUUAGGGUGUGAGGGUAUUUCAAAAAGUUAUGUCUUCUGUGGGACUAAAGAUUUAAAUGCUAAGCAAAUUCAAGAAAUGUUGGGUAUAGGACAGUAUUCUGCUGUUCAACAGCAAGGACCUCAAGCGAGAAAUCAUGGUCAACCACUCCCUCCAGCGAAUAAAUUUCUUCAACCGGUUCAUAAGUGCGAUAUGAGUUUAACCGAUUUGCUUGGAGAACUUCAAAGAGAUCCUUGGCCUGUCACUACGGGGAAAAGAUCACUUCGUUCUACUGGUGUUGCACUUUCCGUGGCUGUUGGUUUACUGGAGUGUACGUAUCCUAACACGGGAGCUAGAAUUAUGUUAUUUGUCGGAGGGCCUUGUUCUCAAGGUCCAGGUCAAGUUUUAGACGAUGAAUUAAAACAUCCAAUUCGUUCUCAUCAUGAUAUUCAAAAGGACAAUGCAAAAUAUUUAAAAAAGGCUACAAAACAUUAUGAAUCAUUGGCUAUGAGAGCAGCCACAAACGGUCAUGCGAUAGAUAUAUAUUCCUGUGCCUUAGACCAAACUGGUUUGCUAGAAAUGAAACAAUGUUGCACGUCGACGGGGGGUCACAUGGUUAUGGGAGAUUCAUUUAAUUCAUCGUUAUUUAAGCAAACCUAUCAGAGAGUUUUUACGAGGGAUCAAAAGGGAGAUUUAAAAAUGGCUUUUAACGGCACGAUCGAAGUCAAAUGUUCAAGAGAACUUAAAGUUUCCGGUGCCAUCGGUUGUUGUUUAUCCUUAAAUAUGAAAGGACCUUGCGUGUCCGACACAGAAACAGGAUUGGGAGGCACGUGUCAAUGGAAACUCUGCACUUUCACCCCAAAUUCCACUUGUUCGUUUUUUUUCGAAGUUGUUAAUCAACACGCUGCUCCCAUUCCUCAGGGAGGAAGAGGUUGCAUUCAAUUUAUAACUCAAUAUCAACAUGCCAACGGUCAGCGUAGAAUUCGAGUAACAACCGUUGCACGAAAUUGGGCUGAUGCCGGUGUUAAUUUACACCACAUAAGUGCGGGUUUCGAUCAAGAAGCGGCAGCCGUUUUAAUGGCUAGAAUGGUUGUUUACAGAGCGGAAACGGAAGAUGGUCCCGACGUUCUUAGAUGGGUUGAUAGAAUGCUGAUUAGAUUGUGUCAGAAAUUCGGAGAAUAUUCCAAGGAUGAUCCGAACAGUUUUAGACUGUCGGAAAAUUUUAGUCUUUAUCCACAAUUUAUGUAUCAUCUAAGGCGUUCACAUUUUUUACAAGUUUUUAACAAUAGCCCAGACGAAACUUCUUUUUAUAGGCAUAUGUUAAUGAAAGAAGAUUUGACUCAAUCUCUCAUAAUGAUUCAACCCAUUCUCUACAGUUACAGUUUCAACGGACCCCCAGAACCGGUUCUAUUAGAUUCCAGCAGCAUACAACCAGAUAGAAUAUUACUCAUGGAUACAUUUUUUCAAAUAUUAAUUUUCCACGGAGAAACCAUAGCUCAGUGGCGUGCGCAAAGAUACCAAGAUUUGCCAGAAUAUGAAAAUUUUAAACAAUUACUUCAGGCACCGGUCGACGAUGCACAGGAAAUUUUACAAACGAGAUUUCCAAUGCCCCGAUACAUCGAUACGGAACAGGGAGGUUCUCAGGCGAGAUUUUUACUGUCGAAAGUCAAUCCAUCUCAGACUCACAAUAACAUGUAUGCUUACGGAGGGGAAAGCGGAGCACCGGUACUCACUGAUGACGUCAGUUUACAAGUAUUCAUGGAGCAUUUGAAAAAAUUGGCCGUGUCGUCGACGGCAUAA